GGCGCCGCUCUCGCCGGAUCCGCGGCGGCUGCUUCCCCCGCCGGGAGCCGGGAGGCCGAGCGGUGCUGCCGCCGCCCCUGCUGCGGGACCAGAGCCGAGAGCUGCCGGAACAGGCGCUCCGGCCCCACGGCCGCUGCCCGCCGGAGCCAGCAGGGAAGGGGCUGAGCAGGGCACCCGCGCAUUGUGCGAGCCCGCAUGGGCACGGCGGGGGCGCGGCCGCGGGGCUCCUGCGAGCCUCUCGCUCGGCCCCCGGCAUCGCCUGUAGCCGGGGGGCGCCGCGCUCGGCCGUGAGGGAUGCUUUUGUGCGCGGCCGCGGGCGCAGCAGCGGGUAGCGGCGGCUCCGGCGGGGCCGGGGUUGCGCUGGCGGGGCAGGUCGGGCGCGAUGCUCUGUUAGGCGGCCCGAGCCCUUGCGAGCGCGGCGGGCAGGCGUAGCAGCCCGUAGCGGAGCUGGGAGGGCGGGCAGGCGGCUCCCCAUGGCGAGCAGCCGGAGCAUCGAGCUGGAGCACUUCGAGGAGCGGGACAAGCGGCAGCAGCGGUCCGGGCCGCGGCGCGGAGGCUCCGGGUCCGGCGGGGGAGCGGGGCCGCGGGGCAAUGGGCUGGUGCCCAGCCCGGCACACAGCGCGCACUGCAGCCUCUACCGCACCCGCACCCUGCAGGCGCUCAGCUCCGAGAAGAAGGCGCGCAAAGCCCGCUUCUACCGCAAUGGGGACAGGUACUUCAAGGGCUUGGUGUACGCCAUCUCCCCCGACCGCUUCCGCUCCUUCGACGCCCUCCUGGUGGAGCUCACCCGCUCCCUGUCGGACAACGUGAACCUGCCCCAGGGGGUCCGCACCAUCUACACCAUCGAUGGCAGCAAGAAGAUCACCAGCCUGGACGAGCUGGUGGAAGGUGAAAGCUAUGUGUGUGCAUCCAAUGAACCAUACCGCAAAGUUGAUUACACCAAGAAUGUCAACCCCAACUGGUGUGUGAACAUAAGGACUGGGUCCAGUCGGUCCUUGACGUCUUUGACAUCCACGAGGAGUGAAGUGAAGGAGAGUAAAGAUUUCAUUAAACCUAAAUUGGUGACUGUUAUUAGGAGUGGGGUAAAGCCACGGAAAGCUGUGAGAAUUCUGCUGAACAAGAAGACUGCUCACUCCUUCGAUCAGGUCUUGAAUGACAUCACCGAAGCCAUUAAGUUAGACUCGGGUGUAGUCAAGAGACUUUGUACACUGGAUGGGAAGCAGGUAACGUGCUUGCAGGACUUCUUUGGAGAUGACGACGUCUUCAUCGCGUGUGGGCCGGAGAAGUACCGGUAUGCUCAGGAUGACUUCGUGUUGGAUCACAGUGAAUGUCGUGUUAUGAAGUCUUACUCCCGCUCCUCUGCCGUGAGACACGCUGCAUCCAAAAGUCCAGGACCUUCACGUCGGAGCAAAUCCCCUGCCUCAGUAAAGAGGAGUGGCCACUCCAGUGCUCAUUCUUCAGCAAAAUCCCCAGUUAAUGGAACCCCAAGCAGUCAGCUAUCCACUCCAAAAUCUACAAAGUCCUCCAGUUCUUCACCAACAAGUCCAGGCAGCUUCCGUGGACUCAAGAUCUCCCCACAUGGUGGAUCUUCUUCCAACGUGAAUGGUGUACCUGAAUCUCUCCCUUGCCAGAGUCCUGAAGGCUUGAAUGGAAACAAGUUCUCAGGGUCAUCUACCAUUCUUGAGAAGUAUAAAGUGGGGAAGGUGAUUGGUGACGGCAAUUUCGCUGUUGUAAAGGAGUGCGUGGAACGAUCCACAGGAAAGGAGUUUGCCCUGAAGAUCAUAGACAAGGGCAAGUGCUGUGGGAAGGAGCACCUGAUUGAAAACGAAGUGUCUAUUCUGCGCCGAGUGAAGCACCCAAACAUCAUCAUGCUCAUAGAGGAGAUGGACACCCCCACAGAGCUCUACCUGGUGAUGGAGCUGGUCAAGGGAGGAGACUUAUUUGAUGCCAUCACUUCAUCUACAAAAUACACAGAGAGAGAUGGGAGUGCCAUGGUCUACAAUUUAGCCAGCGCUCUCAAAUACCUGCAUGGUCUCAACAUUGUGCACAGAGACAUCAAACCAGAAAAUCUUCUGGUGUGUGAAUAUUCAGAUGGAACCAAGUCUUUGAAGCUUGGAGACUUUGGACUGGCGACGGUGGUUGAAGGCCCUUUGUAUACUGUCUGUGGGACACCCACCUAUGUGGCUCCAGAAAUCAUUGCAGAGACAGGGUAUGGCUUAAAGGUGGAUAUUUGGGCUGCAGGUGUGAUCACAUACAUCCUGUUAUGUGGAUUCCCACCUUUUCGCAGUGAAAACAACCUUCAGGAAGACCUCUUUGAUCAGAUACUUGUGGGGAAGCUGGAAUUUCCCUCUCCCUACUGGGAUAACAUCACUGAUUCAGCAAAGGAGCUCAUCAGCCUGAUGCUACAUGUGAAUGCUGAAGCCCGGUACACAGCAGCACAGAUCCUAAGCCAUCCCUGGGUGUCAGAUGAUGCUUCCCAGGAGAAUAAUAUGCAAGCUGAAGUAACAGGUAAACUGAAGCAGCACUUUAAUAACACCCUACCCAAGCAAAAUAACACAUCUGCUGGGGUUUCUGUCAUCAUGAACACAGCUCUAGAUAAAGAGAGUCAGAUUUUCUGCAGCAAGCGCUGUCAGGACUCUGGUAGAGCUGGAAUGGAGAAAAUUUCUGCAAUUGCUGCUGCAGCUGCUGAUCCUCGUGUGGCUGGGUCCGAGCCCCUCCUCCCUGCUGCUCCUGAGCCACUCCGGUCCCCCACGCUGCCUUCUCCUCAGCUUGCUGGGGAUCAGCCUGGUGCCUAGGACUGGGGAAGACAAAUCCAACUGAAGCUCCCCACACUCUGGCCACAGUUUUCUUCAUUUCCUGUGACUGUUUUCAGUUUGUGUGCACCUCUCAUGGCAAGCCCCAGCCGGGUCUGAUCCUCUCUCAACACAGUGGGUGAACGAACCACAUCUUGAGAACAGCAGUAAGGGAAAGACUCUGGCAGUGUUAGGUGGUUUUUUUAAGUUCUCUGUGUUAAUUAUUAAUUCCAUUUCACACAGCCUUGGGCUCUAAAUAGACUAACUUAUGGUGUAGCUAACCAUAUUUUUAUAUGAGCAGUGAGGUGGGGAACAGUUACCUGGCCUCACUUCCACCAGCAGGCCCUGUUCUGUUCUUCUGAUGGGAAUUCUCAGAGAAGUGGAAGAGACAGACAAAGGAAGCAAACUUCUAUUUGCCUUCAAUUCCAAUGCCUCUAUUUUUAGCCAAGUUUCUACUAAACUUGAAGAGGCAAAUUAUCACGAUUUUUUUAGUGGAAUAACUGUAAAAUACCAUGAGACAAACAUUUGGAGAUAGAGAGGGAAGGAUGGUUGUUUUCCAUCAAGUUUGUUAUCUGAUUUGCAGGCAGGGUAGUGUUUAGAUAAUAUGAAUUUAAAUAAAGUAACUUGGGAUGUAAACAUGGGCAGUGGACAUUUAUUUGUUACGAAGACUGGAGUGAAGGAAGCCUUUUUGCUUUAGCCAUUUUCUAUGCUAACCACAAGUGUCCCAUCCACACCUUUCUCCAGGGUCAGACUACCUGUUAGAUAAAAUAAAAUUACUUUGGGCCUGUGAAGGGAAAGCCUGCUGCAUGUUAUCCAAGCUACGAUGAACUGAGCAGCUCCUGAUUCUAGGACAAGAUGAUAGAGGAGCUGCCAUCAAUAGCCAUCAGAGGUUUGUCAGUGCUAUCCCCCUAUUCACCUGGUGCAGGCACUGGAAACCAGGAUUGCGAGGCAGCUCUCCUUAAUCUGCAGUCACAAAAUGGACAAGGUUUUCUCUUUACCGUAAUGCUUAGUUCAAUAGAGUAUGUAUUCGGCUUAAUCCUUUUCCUUUGCUCGUUCUUAUUCAUUGGUCAUAGUUCAUUUUUUCUCUUAGCUAUACUUUCUACUAGAAUUGUAAGAGAAAGACCUGCAAUAAACUUUCUUCAUUAAAAAAAAAAAAACAAAACAAACCACAGAAAGUCAUUAAUUUCUUUGAGAACUCAGUUAUUUUGUCAGUGACACUGUUGUCUUAUUCCCCCUGGAGAGACUGAGCAAUUAGAUGCCUAUCAAAACAACUUAAUAGAAUUAAUUUGAGGGAUUCCCAUAAACUUCAUUGUUUUGAGGUUCAUUGCUUCCUAUGAAAGCUGUGAUUAAACAUGGUUGUUUUACCUUUUGAAGAGAUUUAAAGACCAGAAAGUGCCAACUGAUAACUUAAGGCCAUGGUGGCUGAAAGAUGUACAACAUCUUGGCAAAAAAAAUGGUUUUAAAGGUAGCAAAACAUGGCAUGUCUUAAACUAUAAUAAAAAGGUUGGGCUACAACCAAUCCUUGUUAAUUAAUUUUGUUAUGGGUUCCCUAGAGUAAGUUCAGUAUACUUGAAUAGUAUGGGAAUAGCCUUUCUGUAAAAUAAUUUGCUUUUUGGUACAGUGCAAAAAGAUGAAGCCAUCAUUCCAACCUUAAUUAGAAGGGAAACUGGUUAGAAUCUGUAGCUGGCUGCCUGUGUGGUUGGUGAUUUCUGCAACACAUCUCAGACUCAGCCAAAGAAAGGAUGUGGAAUUUCAGGUGGAGCAAGCUAAUCAGCCCCCACAGCAAACAACUUUGCUUUUCUCUCCAAAAGAGCUGAACUGAGAGAUCAGCAGAGAGGGAGCAUCAAGCAAAUUAUGAAUGCUGGGUAAAGUUUUGUUUUUCCUAAGAGGAUGGAUUCACCUAUGAAGAAAAAAAACUGCCAUGGAUUGGCAAGGAUAUCCAACAAGUUAUGUUGCAGAAAUAAUUAUGCAUCUAUAACAGAAAGUAUCAUCAUUUGCUGGGUCAACAGCUGCCAGUUCUAAACUAAUGCCUUGUCUCAUGGAAGAAGAAAGUUAAGAGAAAUACCCUGAAUUCAUGACUGAUCAACAUCUAAACAGUCUUAGACAAGUGUUCUGCUUCACAGAGCAGAGGCAGGUUCCAAAAUGCCUGUUUAAAAAUAGUGAUGACAGCUGGAAAUGAUGAUCAUAGGGCCAACAAUUAGAUUAAAACAUAGGAUAGCUGGGAAAUUCCCCAACUCUUUGUGUGACCUUAGGAAAAUUAUAGCACUACUCCCUGCCUUAAAAUAAUUCCACAUAAGUUCAGUCUGUUAACAGGUGCAGGAGAUACCACACUUUAACAUAAAAAUAAAAUAAAGAUGUGUUGGUCAACACUAAAACACUUAAUGCAGGUCCCUAAGUAUCAGAUUUGGUUUCUUACCUGCUGCACUUUCAUUUAGUCCUUCUCUUGUAGAACUACAAUUGCUGCUGAAGGAAGAUGGUUCACAGUUGUUUUUUUACUGUUAUAUAGAGAAAGAAACUAUUACAGAAAACAAGUUACUUACUUUUCAGAUAGGACUGUUACAAAUGCUCCACAGUGACAGCUCUACUGCUACCAUGCCCACGUUUUAAGAAAUUAAUCAUUAAAAAAAAAUCUUUUUAAAUAUCCUAAUCUUUCUAGGUCCUUUGUUCAUGAAAGUCCAAUGAGCCAUUCCUGCAGUUCUAGAUUUAAAGUCCCAAGACUGAAUCUUCUGCCAUAAAUCAGCACACUUUGUCCACUGAUUGAUUCCCAUCAAUAUUUACCCUUGUAGACAUUUACCCCCAUUCUGGAACAUCAACAAUUAUUUAAAAUAAUUCUCAAAGUAUAUUAAUGAAGAUGCUGUUUCAUGGUGUUACUUUCAGCAAGUAUUGACUCAUUCUUAGCAACUAAUUGUCAAGAAUAUUUACACUGGUCAGCAAAUCCCAUUUAACCCUGGUUUUCACAUCUUCCUUCCAGUAGUCAAUGGUCUAAUUAUUAUAGCUUGGAAGCAUAGAUCUACUGAUUCCUUCACUUUUACAUAAAUAUAUGUAUUUAUCAAUCAGUCAUCUUUGGUUUCAUCAGUUUUUAAAUGGGAAAUUAUAUUUUGCAUUUACUCAUUUUUUUCUUUCAAGCUACAUCCAAACAGCAAUUGGAAAGAAGCAGAAAUGCACAAAACUAGCAACCUACCCAAAAUGCUCAUUAAGUAAAACUGAUGGUUUUAAGAUGACAAAAAAGACAAGCAAAUCAAACUCUCCUACUUGCAGUCAGCUUCAAUGUCUAAAGCACAGAAAUAGGUAUUUAGUUGAGCUUUUCUGUCAGGGGAUCACUCUAGGAGGCUUUUUCUUUUCUUUUUGAACUAAAUUAGCAUUAUGAAAAAAAAAUAAUAGGGCAGGGACUGGUAGCUGCAAGCAACAAUCCACCAGGAAGCUGUUGUUUCUGUUCAUGAUUAUAUUUUUGUUUUCAGAGAGAAUUUGGAUUUUCAGUGCCUUUAUUUCCUUGGGAAACAGUAAGCCAAGAGUGUGAAUCAUGCAAGGUGCAGGUUUCAAAGAAGUACCAAAAACUGUUCCCUCCUCCCCAAAAUAAUAGGUGAGGUAAUUGUCAAUUAAUGGGAAAUACUGAAGUGUACAGCAUUUAACUACUGAAUGUUUAAACACUGCUUAAAUUACACUACUUGUAUUGUUUCAAAUGGUCAGAUUUUGGUUUUUGCAGCUACAGAGGCUUGAAAAAAGUACCCCUUGCACACAGGAUAAGCAAGGCAAAAAGCAAAAUGGGACAGCAAGCCACAAAGUCAUUUCUGUUCCUGGACAUUGCUAUUGCUGAUUGCACCAAAGUCUCACCACUAGACUGAGCUGUGCCUACAAUAUUUUUCAGCUCAGAGCUCACACAGUAGCAAGAAAAAUACUAGGAUAACUUGAAGAUAGAAAUAAAAGAAUAAAUUAUCACUUCUCAAACAUCCAUUUAUCAAACAGCAAGUAUCACAUUUUGGAAACCCCUUUUUGUCUAUUUCCACACAAUGCAGCAUCAUUUCCAAAGCACAAACCAAAAUCUCUUUAUUUAGCUGACUAUAUGAUGCAGUCCUGGGACAGUUGUGUGCAAUUUCAGAUUUUACUAAAUACACACAUCUCUUUGUUUUUAAGACUAUGUUUUCCACUAUUAUCUCAAUUUACAAAAAAAAAGUAGUUUUAUUUCCUACAAUAUAUAAAUAGUUGUGAAAUAUUUUACAUUCCUUUUCUAACAAUAUGCUUCUUGAUAAUGUCUCAAAUAAGCUGUUUACAAGUACAAGUUAGAGUUUAUUCUUUCAAAGUGUGUAUGUUUUAAUCUUUUUUCACCUCAUGACAAUGGUUGUAUUUGAAUUGAGGAGCUUUAGGUUAAACAUAGUUGAAAUUUCAGUAUGCCUAAGCAAAAUCUAAAACCAUUUCUUAGUUGUUUUUUCUUUUUGACCAGAGCUUUUAAAGAGCAGCUUUAAAUUACGAUGCAUCAUUAACUGCAUUAGUUUACUGAAGAACUUAGGUUGGUUCUGCAUAAAAGUAAACUGUUUUGGAUUUCAUGUAAUGUUUUAAUGGUAAAUCCAUGCAAGUGACUCAUUUCAAGUGUUACACAAACAUCCUAACUCUGUAUGGGAGAGGCCUCACUGGUUUGGAGCAGCACUCUCAGAAUGGGCCAUUUCUGGUUCUAUUUAACAAGGAUAAACCCAGUUUCUUAAGAACAAUAUAGUGAUCUGUUACUCCCCUUGAACUAUUUCUAGGAGGAAGAAAAAAAAAAUCCAUUGCAUAAGCACACUGAAAUCUCUAUGAAUAUGAAAUUUAGGACAUAAAGUAGAAAAACUACAAUCUAGUCACAUUACCUAAGCCAUUCUUGUUCUAUACAACUAACAGCAAUCAUGUCCUGAGUACAGCUGCAAUAAAAUUCACUUCCCAUUA